GCGGGAUCGUGCAUUUUUCCGGGCCAGGCAGGUGCCUUCGCUGCUUGGCCCAGUGACCGUCUGGCGACCAGAUUUGGCUCAGGAAUCGAAGGAGAAACGCGGUUUGGAGCGUGACCCAAGGGAGCGAGGGUCUCCCCUGCAGGAGCGCGGGCCGUGGUGCGAUGCCAGGUGGCAGCGGGGUGCGCCCCGGCCCUCCCCGACUUGGCCACCUGGACGCUCCGGAGGCUCCAGGUGGUGUCGCGGCUGGGGACACAUGGCCAGUCCACGGCGGGGCGCAGCUCGGGAGGCCCUGGCAUUCCGAGAAUGGGGCAGAGAGGGCCGGGGACAGUCUCCACGCCAGGAGGAGACGCCGAGAAGCCGAGGCAGUGCGAAUCCCAAGCUCAUGAUUUUAGUAGCAAGAUUGAACAGCACACCAGCACGUGAGCCCCAGAAGGGAGGUCCCAGGAUUGCGUCCCUCACCACUGUGCCUGCAGCCCUGGAACAGCUUCUGUCACCGGAGCACUCUUGAUAAAUACUUAGUGACCACAUGGAUGUCCAAGUAGAACUGACAAUCGUGAACCUUGGAGGCUGAGAAAUGCUUUGCCUCGUCCUGGAAAUGGAAAUUAUGCAGAAAACUGGAACAAGUCGCCUGGUUGGCGCUCUGGAUGCCGUGCUAGAUUCCAGUGCACGGGUGGCUCCAUUUCGAAUCCUGCUUCAAGUUCCCGGGUCCCAGGUUUAUUCUCCCAUAGCAUGUGGUGAGUUACUGAGUGGACCAGACGUUUACUGGGCCAUAGCCACGGGUGCAACGUUAGAGGAAAUAAACGAGCAUUGGGACUGGCUGGAACAAAAUCUCCUCCACACCUUGUCUGUCUUUGACAACAAAGAGGACAUUGCCAGCUUUGUCAAGGGGAAGGUGAAGGGUCUCAUUGCGGAGGAGACGAGCAGCAGGCUUGCCGAGCAGGAAGAAGACCCUGAGAAGUUCCGAGAGGCCCUGGUCAAGUUCGAGGCCAGAUUCAACUUUCCGGAGGCAGAGAAGCUGAUCACCUAUUACUCCUGCUGCUGCUGGAAGGGCAGGGUUCCCCGCCAGGGCUGGCUGUACCUCAGCAUCAAUCAUCUCUGCUUCUACUCCUUCUUCCUGGGCAAGGAACUUAAACUUGUAGUCCCUUGGGUUGAUAUCCAGAAGCUGGAAAAAACGUCCAACGUCUUUCUGACGGCCACCAUCCGAAUCACCACGCACAGCAAGGAGCGUGACUUCUCCAUGUUCUUGAACCUCGAAGAGGUGUUUAAGAUCAUGGAGCAGCUGGCCGACGUGACACUGCGAAGGCUGCUGGACAACGAGGGCUUUGACCUGGACCCAGAUCUGCAGGAGCCGAGCCAGAUCACCAAGAGGCACCUGGAAGCCAGAGCGCAGAAUGAGUUCUUCAGGGCGUUCUUCAGGUUGCCGAGGCAGGAGAAGCUGCAUGCGGUCGUGGACUGUUCCCUUUGGACGCCCUUCAGUCGCUGUCACACCGUUGGGCGGAUGUUCGCCACAGAUAGUUACAUCUGCUUUGCCAGCAAGGAAGACGGCUGCUGCAACGUCAUCCUCCCGCUCAGAGAGGUGGUGAGCAUCGAGAAGAUGGAGGACACGAGUCUGCUGCCGAAUCCCAUCAUCGUCAGCAUCCGGAGUAAGAUGGCCUUCCAGUUCAUCGAGCUCAAGGACAGAGACGACCUGGUGGAGCGUCUGCUCGUGCGGCUGAAGCAGGUGCACGCCGACCGCCCCGUGCAUUACGACUCCUCACAGGACGACGACAUGAUGUCACCGGUGUUUCAUUCAACAAGCAUGUGCAGUGACCACAAGUUUGGGGAUCUUGAAAUGGUGUCUUCUCAAAAUAGCGAGGAAAGUGAAAAAGAAAGGAGCCUGCGGCUGCCCCCCGAGGCCCUGAGGGCUGUCUUCCAGCAAUCGAGCAUCCAGAGCCCCGACUCGCGAAUGUCCAGAGAACAGAUCAAAACAAGCCUGUGGAAUGACCACUUUGUGGAAUAUGGCAGAACGGUGUGUAUGUUUCGCACAGAGAAGAUCCGGAAGCUUGUGGCCAUGGGGAUCCCUGAGUCGCUACGUGGCCGACUCUGGCUCCUUUUCUCAGAUGCCGUCACCGAUCUCGCCUCGCAUCCCGGUUACUAUGGUAACCUGGUGGAGGAGUCCAUGGGAAAAUCUUGCCUGGUGACAGAGGAGAUAGAACGGGACUUGCACCGUUCCUUACCGGAGCACCCCGCCUUCCAAAACGAAACGGGAAUCGCUGCGUUGAGGAGAGUUCUGACGGCCUACGCCCACCGGAACCCCAAAAUCGGGUACUGCCAGUCCAUGAACAUCCUGACGUCCGUCUUGCUGCUGUACGCCAAGGAGGAGGAAGCCUUCUGGCUGCUGGUCGCUGUGUGUGAGCGGAUGCUCCCAGACUACUUCAACCACCGGGUCAUCGGGGCCCAAGUGGACCAGUCUGUGUUUGAGGAGCUCAUCAAGGAACACCUCCCCGAGCUGGCGGAGCACCUGAACGACCCCUCAGCCCUGGCGUCCAUCUCUCUCUCGUGGUUCCUGACGCUGUUCCUCAGCAUUAUGCCUCUGGAGAGUGCGGUGAACGUCGUAGACUGCUUCUUCUACGAUGGGAUCAAAGCCAUCUUCCAGCUGGGGCUGGCGGUGCUGGAAGCCAACGCCGAGGACCUGUGCAGCAGCAAGGACGACGGCCAGGCCCUGAUGGUCCUCAGCAGGUUUCUAGAUCACAUUAAGAAUGAGGACAGCCCUGGACCCCGAAUUGGCAGCCACCAUGCCUUUUUCUCCGACGACCAGGAGCCCUGUCCUGUGACUGACAUUGCCGACCUGAUCCGGGACUCCUACGAGAAGUUUGGGAACCAGUCUGUGGAGCAGAUUGAGCGCAUGCGUUGUAGGCACCGGAUCAGGGUUCUCCAAGGCCACGAGGACACCACAAAGCAGAACGUGCUCCGUGUUGUCACCGCAGAAGUCUCAAUUCUUCCUGAAGACCUCGAAGAACUCUAUGAUUUAUUCAAGAGAGAACACAUGAUGAGCUGUUACUGGGAGCAGCCCCGGCCCGUGGCCCCUCGCCACGACCCCAGCAGGCCCUACGCGGAGCAGUACCGCAUAGAUGCGCGGCAGUUCACACACCUGUUUCAGCUGGUCUCUCCGUGGACCUGCGGGGCCCACACGGAGACCCUGGCGGAGAGGACGUUCAGGCUUCUGGAUGACAACAUGGACCACCUCAUCGAAUUCAAAGCGUUUGUGAGCUGUCUCGAUGUUAUGUAUAAUGGAGAAAUGAAUGAGAAAAUUAAACUGUUAUAUAGGCUUCAUAUCCCUCCAGCACUCACUGAAAAUGACCGAGACAGCCAGUCACCAUUAAAGAAUCCUCUGCUGUCAACAUCAAGACCACUGGUUUUUGGGAAAUCAAAUGGCGAUACAACUGAUUAUCAGAAACAGCUGAAGCAGAUGAUUAAGGAUUUAGCCAAAGAAAAAGAUAAAGGAGAGACCGAGUUGCCCAAAAUGAGUCAGAGAGAAUUUAUCCAGUUCUGUAAAACUUUAUACAGUAUGUUCCAUGAAGAUCCAGAAGAAAAUGAUCUGUAUCAGGCCAUUGCCACAGUAACCACUCUGCUACUGCAGAUCGGGGAAGUGGGGCAGCGAAGUAACAGUUCUGGAAGCUUCUCCCAGGAAGGUGGGGGGGAGCUGCAGGCUGCAUCGUUGUCUCCUGAGCAGGACUCGGUUUUUGCAGACACAGACACUGAGACUACACCCCAGGACUCCGGGGCACUUCCUGAAGAGGCAGAAGGGGACUGGACUGUCUCCCUCGAACAUAUUUUAGCUUCACUUCUGACUGAACAGUCAUUAGUCAACUUUUUUGAAAAGCCAUUGGACAUUAAAUCCAAACUUGAAAAUGCCAAGAUCAAUCAGUACAAUCUGAAAACUUUUGAAAUGAGCAGCCAGUCACAGCCUGAACUCAAGCAGGAUAGCUGUUUGCUGAGGAGACGAGCCUGCCAUACCAAAGCUCGGACGACAGCCUCGUGGGUGGUCAGCCCAUAAACUCAGACGUCAGUCUAAUUCCCUUUGAGUAUACUUCUCGUGCUAGGUAUCCAGGUAAGCGACACCCUGACAGCCCCAGCUGUGGUCGGGGGAGCUGAUGCAACCCUCAGACACUUCUAUUUAUUCUUGGAGAAUUCCCAGUUUCACUUUGAUCAGAUCUGCUGAAAUGGGCACUUCUGCUGUGAUUGUUCUCAGAUGAACAAGAGCCCCGUGUAUCAUGCUAACCCAGAGCCAAGAGGCGCCCCAGCGCACGUUUUUCACCUGGAUACUGGGAGGUCAGGAAUGAAGUUCACUUUCAAGAUCCAAGAGCCACUAUCUGUGCAAUUGUGUUUGGCUUCUUUUUGCACUAAUUUUGUUUCAAUGCUGGUAAUUGAAACCAUUUUAAUAUAUUUGAUUGUAUUCACUUUGUCCUUACAAAAAUGUUGUGUACAAACCAUGCUUUCAAUGUUGGCCUCCACGUUUUUUAAUAAGAAAUUUUUGUAUUGACUUUGGUCCUUGUUUAUACCUGAUACUUAUUUGAGUGACUAAGGCCUGGAUUGUGCCAGUGAACAGAUGAGCUGGAGCUGUCCCCUCUCCUUCCUUCCCCCUCCCCGGGCUGUGCACUGCCACCGCUGCCACCACCAGGGCUUCAGCAAUGAGCCACAGGGUGUAAACACUAAUGUAAUAGGCACCUUGCUUUCAGGCUGAAUUCAGCAGAUUUUGGAUUGUGUAAGCUUUACUUCUGAGCUUUAGCUCCAUGUAAACUGGGACUGAAAAUGCCUCA